AUGCUGUCUCUGUGGGCCGGAGCUAUCUUCCUUUGCGGGUAUAUUGUCGUCCGCGGAUUCCUCUCGCCCUUGUCUGCGAUUCCCGGUCCGUGGUACACUCGAUUUACAAGUCUAUGGCUUAAGUACCAGGAGUUUACUGCAAAUCGACGAGAAUCAGUCCACCGCUUGCACAAGAUCUAUGGUUCCGUCGUCCGGCUGGGCCCGGAUGAAGUAUCGUUUACCAGCCUCGAUGCGAUUAAAGAGAUCUAUGCUUCGGGGGGUAGUGGGUAUGACAAGACCGAGUACUAUGAUCUUUUCAGGCAGUUCAAGAUCAAAUAUGCCAUGACCAAUAUCAUGAAAGAAAAACCCAUGGCUGCUAUCCACGGACGGGCCAUGGCGUUUAUAUCUAAAUGUGCCGAGGCUGGCCAAGAUAGUGUGGACGUUUAUUCUUUGCUCCACUGCUAUGCUCUGGACUGCGUUACUCACUUCAUGUUCAGCCCCGGCGGCCUCAGAUCUCUCGACGUAGCCAAAGACUACGAAAUCAUGCACGAACUGACCUAUCACCAAAGUCUCCAAAAAAACCUUCUGGAGUACUACCUCCCUUCAUUAGCACCCUAUUUCCCCAAAUUCCUCCACGCCCGCAGCGCCCCAAAAGCAAACCAAUACGUGCUAGACAUGGCGGGCCAAAUCGAGCACGACGACCACUCCCUCAUAGAAAAGCUCAAACGCAAAGCAUCAAACCUGGAACUAAUGCAAGCCGCCGCAGAAUGCAAAGACCACAUGGCAGCCGGCAUCGACACAACAGGCGAUGGUCUAUGUUUCUUAAUGUGGGAGCUCUCGCAGCCUCAGAACCUCUGCUUCCAGCACAAACUUUACAAAGAGCUUGCCGCUGCGCCGGCCAAUACACCCUUGGAUAGCUAUGUGUAUCUCGACGCUGUUAUUAAAGAGGCGCUGCGGUGUGCGCCGCCUAUUCCGAUGUCGCUGCCUCGAUAUGUACCAGCUGGUGGAAGGGAGAUCAAUGGGUUCUUCGUUCCGGGAUAUACUAUUGUUAGCUGUCAGCCUUACUCAGUGCAUCGGAUGGAUGAUAGUGUCUUCCCUGAGCCUGAUCGUUUCAAUCCUGAUCGGUGGCUUGUUGAGGAGGGGGCUGCUGAGCGGAAUAGGCUUUUCUUUUCCUUUGCUACGGGGGGAAGGGGGUGCACGGGGAAAAAUCUUGCACUUGUUGAGAUGAAGAUGUUGCUUCGGGAAGUGUAUUCUCGUUAUCGGACGACGGUGGCUUCGGAUAUGACUGCUUCCAUGAAGCUUGAUGAUCAGAUCAUCUCUUCGAGGCCCAAGGGGCAGAGCUGUAAGUUGGUGUUUACGGCUAUAGAGUGA